AGAAUAUUAAUUCAUUUCCACCACUAAUUUAUGGCUUAUUCUAUAAAUGAAGUGUCUUUGAUUUAAAAACGAUCAUUUGUAUAAUUAUAUUUAAGUGAAUUAAAGUUUAUUUAUCCAUUUUAAACGAUAUAUAUUUAUAAAAAAAAUGACAUUUUGCAAAAAUAAUAUAGUUUUAUGGAUCGUAUUGGUUUUAGUUGCUAUUGCUGUUACAUUCGGAUUAAUUAUUAUUGGCCUCCAAAAAGAUACAUCGGACCAUGCAGUUGGAGCUGUAGCAUCAAAUGGUGAAGAAUGUGCUGAAAUUGGAGGGCAGAUGUUAAAAGAUGGAGGUUCCGCAAUUGAUGCCGCUAUAUCAACUCUCUUAUGUGAAGGAGUAAUAUUACCACAUAGCUUAGGUAUUGGCGGUGGUUUCGUUGCUACUAUAUAUACAAAAAAAACUGGGAAAGUAGAGACUUUAAUCGCUCGUGAAACUGCGCCGGCUGCAUCUCAUCAGGACAUGUUUAUUGGAAAAGAAAUUACUGGAGCAAUUUCUGCUGCUAUACCCAGCGAAAUUUUCGGAUUUUGGCAAUUACAUAUGAAAUAUGGCAAAUUACCGUGGAACAAAUUAUUUAAGCCAACUAUUGAUUUAUGUAAAAACGGACACAAGGUCUCAAAGUACUUGGCAAAUGUUUUGACUUUAAACUCGGAACGCAUACGUAAGGAACCAUCAAUGGCCGAAAUCUUUAUAAAUCCUAGUACAAAUAACCUUUACAAGGAAGGUGAAAUUAUGUAUCGUCCUCAAUUGGGUGAGACUUUAUCAGUAUUGGCUGAAGAAGGUCCCGAAACAAUGUAUCGCGGUGGACGCAUUGGCAAAAUGCUUGUAGAAGAUAUUCAAAAUAUGGGAGGCAUAAUAACAGAAAAGGAUUUGCAAGAUUAUGAGGUCCGUUGGGAAAAACCAAUUGUUGCUCGAUUUACUGGAGGCUAUGAAUUAUAUACAACACCUUUACCAACGAGUGGUGCUAUCUUAGCAUUUAUUUUAAAUGUAAUGGAACCACUUUACACAAGACACCAUGACAUCUAUUGGCAACGUGUUGUUGAAACAUUUAAACAUGCGUACGGUCAUCGUACAAAUCUGGGAGAUAUUCAUUUUGAGCCGCAGGUAUCUAAGGUGUAUGAACAAUUAAUGAGCCCUGCUUUUGCAGCAGAAAUUAGGGAUCUAAUUAAAGAUGACCACACCUUCGCUGAUAUGGCCUAUUACGGUGCUAACUUUACAAAUGUAGAAGAUCAUGGUACUGCUAAUAUGGUUGUAUUGGCACCAAACGGUGAUGCUAUUUCGGUAACUAGUACCAUAAAUAGCCACUUAGGUGCAAAAGUUCGUUCUCGUCAAACUGGUAUUAUUUUAAACGAUGAAAUGGACGAUUUCUCCACUCCCGGGAAAGUUAAUGCUUAUGGAAUACCUGCGUCGCCAGCAAAUUAUAUUAAACCUGGAAAACGACCAAUGUCAUCCACUUGUCCCAGUAUAGUAUUGGAUAAAAAUGGACACGUUCAACUGUUAGUGGGUGGUGCAGGUGGUUCUAGAAUCACCACAUCCGUAGCUCAGACAAUUUUACGAUAUUUCGUUUUCGACGAAUCCAUUGAAAAAUCUGUAAAUUCAGGUCGGAUACACCAUCAACUGGCACCCAUGGUUGUUGAUGUAGAACCUGAGGUACCUGAUCAUACCGAAGAAUAUUUUAUUAAAGUCGGGCAUGAUAUAAAUUAUUUGCCACCUAAUAGAGCUUUCUCGGCUUUGACAGCCAUUGGUUUAAAAAGUAAUUGGCCCCAACCAAUUUGUGAUCGUCGACGAGUUGGUAGCGCUGUGGUUGUUCACCAGCAAAAUUAAAUUGUUAUUUAAGAAAAUUAAAUUGUACUUUGAAGAAAAAAUUAAUUGCAUAAGAAAAAAAUCAAAUAAAAUGUAAUAAAAACAAGUAAGAGUUCUAUAUUCGGCUGUGCCGAAUCUUAUAUAUCCAU